AUGGCUGAGACGGACCCUCACUAUCCAGGGAGACCGGAUGCGGAUAGCCAUCAGAAGGGUCGAAUGGCCUUUGGCUCUCUCAGCCUCUCCGAUGGUCAGAGGAGAUGGACGCCUUCGGCAUCUUCAGGAGCACCAACCGCGAGGGGACCAUGUUGUGAGCCUUCAGGCGGCGCGAAUGGCGUCUGGCUGUCGGCUGAUGUCGCCUUCAACGUCUUCAAAGGAACCGGCGGCGAGGGGAUUAUGUUCCGGCGUUAUUUGGCGUCCCUGACAUACAAAGGACUGUCUUGUCAAAAGUAUGAUGAGAGUCUGAGAGACGCACUGGGUGCGGAUUAA